UUAAUAAGGGUUUGAUUUUAUAUCCUUCAGGUAAUAUGAAAAAGAUAUUUUUGUCUCUUUGUCAAUAAUUAUAUUGAUUAAAUCAUUUCGCACAUUUGUGUUGCGAUUUAUAGAAAGGACACAUUUAGGCCAGGUCGUGCCACAGGAUGGGCAAGUGAGGCUUACAAGUCAAACUUCCUGCAUCCUGUGCUUUACUUCUACAAAGAACCUCCUACAGCCAUGCCAAAGUCAUCAAAAGAAGGCGUUCUUCCCAGACCAGAUCGCAUUCACCACAUUGUGGAAGACUUCUUAACACUGUGGAAUGCGCCAAAGGCACACAUUCUUCCCCUGCGCCGAUUUAUGGAAAAUGUCGUUGACAGUGAUCUUCGUUCAUUUUUUGCAUCAUCUUGCUUUAAGAUUAUCAUGACAAGGAAAUCAGCGCCAAUAAAAUGCCGUAGACAUUACAUAGAAGGUCCAAUGUUGCCAACUCCAAAGUUUUCUCAGGAUACUUUACUGCAAAGCCAGGAAAUAAGAAUGUAACUGGCUUGAAUUGAUGCUUGAAUACUGUUUGCAACUCUCCUUCCUGUGGUGUCUCUUCUUUAGAUUAAAAGAAAAGAAUCAAAAUUUUUCUUGGUUGGUGGACUUCACUUGUAAAGGUUAAAUUAUUUCUAAAUAAUACAUUUUUCAGUUUGCCCUGGGAUGUAGGUUAUUAAAACCUUAAUGAGACGACAUCAAUACUCUCACAUCCCAGACCUAAAUGUCCCAGUGAUUGCCUACUAUUAAAAUUUUUCUCUAAGAAUGAUAUGAUUGUCAUUGUGUAUCAUAUGGAUUGUAAACAGAGAGGAUCAAGGUUUGACUUUCAUCUCACAGCCAUGGAGCUCAGUUUAUAUUUCAUGUUAUGCUAUGUUCAGGGUGAGAAGUUUUGUAUUUCCUCCAUAACUGAAGCAAUAUAUUUAAAUGGUCAUAUUAAUUAACAUUACGUUUAAAACCUCUGGUUCAUGCAAAGAGUAAGGUAUACAUAAUUAUGUAAUGUGCAACAUAAAGGGAUUGAAUGGAAGUGAUCAACUGUUGAAUACAAACACAAAUUAUCAAGAGAUAUUUCCCACAUAACAUAAAGCUUCAGUUAUAAGCCCUCCACACAAGUUUUUGAGGUGUUCAAUAACUGGGAGAGCUUUAAAUAUUCAGGGGACUCUUAUUGGGGAAAUCAGCUGACAAUAUUCGACACUGAUGAGGGAUGAAUAAUUUGUAAGAAAGUCAAGUUGAUUAUAUUAAUGCCCCCCCUCCCUAUAGGAUGAUUUUCCCAUCCUGAUGGGAUGGGAAACUCAUCCUAAAAUUUACCCCCUGCUGUUUUGUCUGAGUCAGUGAGUUUGGUUCCUACUAGAUGUGAAAACUGUCAAGGUCUGUCAGUAAUUCACACUUGAACAGUUUUCUGGUGAGGUUUCAGAAGAAAAUUUCACUGAAAGGACUGGAACUUCAACUGGGACAAAAGCAAACCACUUUGGGAUAAUACAAAUUGGGUCUAAAUGGUCUCUAAUCCAUGCUGAUGUGAAUUUGUGAACAUAAUAAAGCUUUUUAAGGUUA